AGAAGUGGCACUAGAGCAGACGCCAUGUCUAUCGUGGUGGAAAUCGACGACGACUUUCUCUACGAAUUAAACGACAGUAGCCACAACAAUAUUACGUACUACAUAGUGAACCCCCAUGCCAUCCCGUGUGAGGUAAAGCUACUGGAUCCGACCGUUGGCAUCACUAUAUGCCUCCUCCUUAUUGCCAUCUUUCUACUGGCGAUCCCUGGCAAUAUCUUGGUGGGCUGGGUAAUACGCACCAGCAGACACAGCCUCACCCCAUCGGAUGUCUACCUGUUCCACCUCACUAUAGCGGACGGACUAAUGGCUUUAACCAUCCCAUUCUGGGCAGUUGUAGUGAUACGAGGGUGGCUGUUUGGAGACUUCAUGUGCAAAGUUAUAAGUCUCAUUUUUGACACCAAUUUCUAUACCAGCAUCUUGUUCCUGGCGUGUAUCAGCAUCGACCGGUACCUUGUGAUCGUGCAUUCCAGCGAAAGCCUCAAAAGUCGCCAGAGGAUGUGUAGCCAGCUGUUGUGUGCGGGCGUGUGGGCCCUGGGUUGCGGUCUGGCCUUGCCCGCUCUAUUCAACGACGUCUCGAGUCCGAGAAACGGCUCUGAUUGGAUGAUAUGCAAUGAUAACUUUGACAUUGGCAAUGCAUCAAAAUGGAGGAUUGCCAUUCGUGGGUUUAGGCAUAUUUUUGGCUUCCUGCUUCCUCUUGGUGUCAUGGUAACCUGCUACAGCAUCACCAUUGCCAGGAUCUUGCGCACCAGGGGUUUUCAAAAGCAUAGAGCGAUGAAAGUGAUUAUAAUAGUGGUGAUUGUGUUUUUUCUAUGCUGGCUGCCGUACCACCUAAGCAUGAUCGUUGAUAUGCUUUUGAGGGCUAACCUGAUUCCAUACGACUGUGCGAGGAGGACGUCGGUGAACACAGCGCUAGGGGUCACAAACAGCUUGGCUCUCCUUCACAGCUGCAUCAAUCCAGUCCUCUACGCCUUUGUGGGAGAGAAGUUCAGGUCGAAAAUGAGGAUGCUGCUGAAGAGAAAGAUGGCCCAAGAGAGGAUGUCAGUGUCGAAAUACAGCAGAUCCACUUCUCAAACAUCAGAAGGUCAUGCAACGGCCCUGUGAAAAGUUUGACAAAUAUUGGUUAUAAAAUAUUCUCAUAAAAGUUUCUUUGGGUCAGGUUUGGGCUACACUUUUCUAAGCUCACUACUGUCAUCCAGUGGUUUACCUGCUGCUUGCACCUGUAUUAUGCUGGAGCAAUUUAUAUUCAAUUAUAUAUUGUAUUUUAAGUAAAGCAGGCAUACAUUUGUAAAUCAAAUAAAUAGCAAGUUUUCUUUUUGAGUUAUUUGUUACUCCACAUUUAUAUAUA